CAGUAGCGAAGAUGCCGGGGGGCAGCGCGCUGCUGCUGCGCGGCCUGUGGCUGCUGGGGAGUGUCUCUGGGCUGCUGGCGGCCGCGGGGGGCUAUCGGAGGCAGGUGACCGUGCAGGCCAUCCCCGGCUCGAACAGCUCCUCCGCCAACCUCCUGCACGUGCGGGCCGUGGGCCAGAACGACACCCUGCACUACGUGUGGAGCAGCAUCGGAGCGCCCACCGUGCUGCUGCUUUACACCCGGAGCGAGAGCAGCGCCCUGCGCGUCAACUGGACCAAGCUCCUCUCGGCCUCCCCCGCCGGGGCCAUCUGGAUUGAGCCACCCGGCAGUGUCGUCUACUCCACGGCUAUCGUCUUCACCAAGGUGUUCGAGUACAACGGUGCCAAUGUGUCGGCCCUCUCCAAGGGGCAGGAGGAGCCGUUCUACCCCAUCUACGACCUGGCUGGCUUCUCCUGGCAGAGCGUGAACCGCACCGUGAACCAGACAGCCCUCACGGCCAGGUUCCAGGGGGUGGACACCUCGGACCCCGGGGGGGCCUUUGGCAAUGGCACCAUCUCCUUUCAGGUGACAGCCUACGAGCAGGGUGGCCGGGAUGGCCCCCUCCCUUGCCUCCUGCACACUGCCAACAGCUCCAAAGUGGAGUUCAUCAUGGACAAUGUGGCCCCACGCGGCAACAGUUCUCGCUUCAUGCUGGAGGUGGUCACAGUGGAGGAGAAAGGCGGGCGCAAGAGGCUCCAAUCAGUGCGGUCCAUUGAUGAUGAGUAUACGCCCACCAUCUUUGAGAUGGCCCAGCUGGUGUCCGAGUCCCGCAACAACAGCAUCGGCCCAAGCUUCUUCCAGUGGAAGACGACGGCAUAUGGCUCCAGGGAGGCCAGCCGGGAGAACGCCAUCCGCUGCCGCUACCGCCCCCUGCAGACAGCCAACCAGACGCUGCCGGGGCCCAGCAUCGCGCACGCCUACUUCGGGGAGGGCCUGGAGCUCAGCCACCACAUUGCCGCCAUCAAUAUCUCCUUCGGCGGCGAGGAUGGGGAGAUCUACGCUGAGAAGGGCUACCUGAGCUGGUCUGCCUUGCUCGGCUUUGGCACGCCCCCAAAAGACACCUUCUCUCCCCUCGUGAUGGCCAUCGUGGCUGUGGCCAUGGGCACCCCCGUGGUGCUGCUGCUGGCAGGAGGCCUUGUGGUGCUGUUUGCACGGAGGAAGCGCCAUUCCCAGUAUCAGCCCAUCAACUGACCGACGUGGGCAGGACUCAGAAACAGCUAGUGCCGGCCACGGUUCUCUCGCCAGACCCUCGGGCUCCCCCGAGGCUCCUGAAGUGGCUGCUCCUGGGAACUUAUUUAUUAACAGCCACAGUUACGCAUCCUCUUCUCUAUCUCCACGGUCCUGACCCCUCGUCACUCCCGGCUCAGGGGAAUAGUGCAAUGAUCUGCAGUCCUACCUCUGCACCCUGGAUCCUGGCUCUUCAGCACUCAGCUUGGGGAGGUGGGAAGGAGACCCGCCCUGUAUUCAUGGCUGUUCGGUUGUCUGAUGCCUUGAGGAUGGACUGAUCCACUUCUCCCUUACUGCUUCUAAAAGACUUGUAGGGGGUAUCUGGCACUGAGGGUCUCCCCGGGGGCUCUAGAAUACAUUCCAUGGCAGGGCUGAGAUCCGGCAGGGCCUGCCUGAGAAAUGCCUCGCUUAAGGGGUCAGAAGCAUUAGCUUUAGCAGUUUCUAGGCCAGUGUCUAGCUUCUCCCUUCACUCAACCCAUCAGCGCACCUGACCCGGCGUUCACAAAUACAGAAUCUUCCCAUAGGGCGCUCUGCAAGGUGCUACCCAGCUUCAGGUUUUAAUUGCUGCUCUUGGUUUAAACCAGCCAGCGAGGGAUUGUGGCUCGACAGCGGGGUUGGUCGUGUUCACCACUGGGAGAAAUGAUCUUCUGUCUCUUUUAAAAAGGAGAAACCACUAGUCGUCUUCUCCCUCAAAGGCUGGGUCACAGAAGGCAACGUGCCUUUGCUGUAUAAAUCGCCAGCUUGUGAGCAGAUCAACCUAGUUACACCCCGCAUGUGCCACCCACUUGAGUGUUUUGUAAUGCCAGCAGUUCCUUGGUGGGAGAAGGUGGUGUCACGCGGUUGUAACA